CUCACAUGUAUAUACACGGCUUGCGCAUGUGUGCGGUAUUCCCUUCCUCACGCUGCUUGCUGCUUGCGUCUGAAAUCUGGCGUCACUGAUCAGUACGCGUACUGAUCUGGCGUGAUUCCAAGUGAUUUAGAGAUUCGCAUAUUCGCACGGUCUCCGUUACACUUGACUAAUGCUAUUCGUCGUAGCCUCUAGUAGGUAGACCGGGCUGGACCGGGCGCGUUUACAUUCGGGGGAACAGGAUGCAGUAGUUACGGUACGACAAAGUAAUUCGGAUAACGUUGCACUACCGCUGCAGCCGAAGUCGUUUCACGACUUCUUUUCACGAACGCAGCAAGGUUAAACACGGUGCGCUGGGCACCACUGGACGACAGCAGAAAUUAAUUGUGAGAUGGACGGCAAGGUGGACGACGAGAACCAGCGUAGCGUCAACGACGGCGACUGGGUCUGCCCUGAUUCUCAAUGUGCCAAUAUAAACUUUGCCAGACGAAACUCCUGCAAUCGCUGUGGGAAAGAUAGAGGAGAGUGUCCAAAGAAGAAAAAAUUGGGUCAAGAAAUUGGAAAAGCAGCUGCAGAGAAAAGCAGAGGACUGUUUAGCGCGGAUGACUGGCAAUGCAGUAAGUGUGGUAAUGUAAACUGGGCUCGCCGGCAACAAUGUAAUAUGUGUAAUGCACCAAAGUUUGGUGAAAUAGAAGAACGUACGGGAUAUGGAGGUGGAUAUAACGAUCGAGGAGUUGUAGAAUAUAAAGAAAGGCGGGAGGAUGACGACGAGUACGAUGAAUUUGGGCGGCGCAAGAAAAAACGAAAACUAGAGAAAAACUCGUCUGAUGAUGAUUCAAAAGAUUCCAAAUACAGCAGUCCACCGCGUAAAUCUAGAGACAAGGAAGAAAAAGAGAAGGAAGCAGACGAAGAGCAAGAAGAAAACGAGGACGAAGAGGAAGAUGACGAGGAUGAUGGUGAUUUAUCUAAAUACGAUCUUAGCGAAUGGGAUGACUUUGCACCAGUGAAAAAAAGCACAAACGGAAGUAGUACAUCACCGGAAGCACAACGGUCAAGGUAAUUAAUAGCGAAACGGAGAUGAUCGGCGUGAUUCAGGCACAUCCAACCAAUGAAAGGCUGUACAGAAGGACAGGUUUGACUUGGGUUUCGGGUAUAAAAUUGAUUAAGAUGAUGAGUUGCAGACAGCAUACAGUGUGAUGAAUUACUAAAUAAUGUAUAGUCCCAGAUCCUUAAGACUUAAAGUAUAGCUUGCUUUUAUUGCGAUUGUAUCUUGGUAUAUCGCAUAAAGACAUCGAGUAGAGAUUAGCAUUAACUUAGCAAAUCUCUCAAAGGUGCAAGCAUGCUUCUCAUUCGAUGUAUGACUUUUUACAGGUGAACCGAAGACCUUGAAAGAGAACGCAACCAGCUCUCGGCAACUAAGAAGUAUACACAACGCAACAAGUUUUAGUAAUUUAGUAUGCACCUUUGGAUAUAAAGUGGCCGAUAAUACGUGACUUAUUACAAAGGGAAGUCGAUUAACAAUAUAAGCUUUACAUUUAUAAUUGAGCUCAUAGCUUCGUUGAUCCUAAGGAAGCGAAAUGUAGGUCUCCUAUUUGCGCGGGUAUAUCGUUGUUCUAACGACUUUGUAGAAUUUACGAAAAACGGCGCAAGUAGUAUGUUUCGCUAGCGAAAUACAAGAUUGAUAAUACCAACAUGAAUCUAUAGAAGAAAUUAUACACAGCUCGUUUUACAAGCUAAGUAUAUGAGAUGUAGAAAAAGAUCUUAAUUCCUAUGUAAUAGAUGGUGUCAACGCUCUGCGCAAGAAGCCCCGACGUCGCAGUGUUCUAAGAUUUCUAUUACUUUAUCACAAAACGUAAACUAUGUCGAUGUAGCCGUGUCACUGCUUCGUAUUGCUCAAGCUGCCUGAAGUAAUCUAAUUCAUUUCUUUUUUUACCCCUUGUCUCUCUUUACGUCACUCGACGGUAACAUUCGGAUAAAAUAAAUCGUGAAGUAUAUUAAAGAAUCAUUCCCCACAAGAUAUGUAUUGAUGUCGUUUCGAAGAGACGGAAAGGAAAAAAGGAUACGUUUAUUUUUCUUGGACUAUCACAGUUUCCGAGUAAAUUUCAAACAGCCUGCUCACUUCGGAAUCGUAGCGCGUUUUAAAGUUAGUCGUGUUCCGCAUUGUGAUGACGCUGGAUUUGUCAGUUUUGUAAUAAACGGAAUUGAAUUCCGACGGCCGUUCUUGUACCGCAAAACGAUUAUCGAUCAAAUAUUGUAUUGACUUCUUGUAAAUAUCUUUAUUUUUCAUUUAUAAUAAAAAUCAUUCA